AUGGUUUUGCAUCUCUUGCUCCGAAGUAUGGAGGUCUGGCUCACUGUUCGACUCCUUCGAAGUCCGAUCUUCCAUCGUAUGGUGGGCCGAGUUCACCAGAAAGUUCAACAUAUUAGGUACGGGGUGCCUCCGGAGGAGCAGGGAGGCACCAAACUCGAGGGACAAGAUUUCGAGUACAGGAAAUUCCUUAGCCAUUUCAAGGAAGAGCUGAAGGACCAGAUGAAGGGAAACACACGGAACAAAUUUUAA